GGAUAUGUGCAGUAGAGAUGGAAGGUCAUGAUCAGUUUGUAUGGGAUGGAGAUGACGUUGAGGAGGUGAUCGAACUCGAUGACGGGUUGGAGCAAUCAGAGGAACUAACUGAUGAGAUGGAAGAUUUGACUGUGGAUGACAACGAGAUGGAGAAAGGUGGUGGUGCUGCAGGGACGGACGAUGCUGUGACUGUGUUCUCUGAACACACAAAAUCUGUGUUUUCUGUUUCACUGGAUCCGGUGACGGCAUCAGUGGCCGCAUCUGGUGGAGAAGAUGAUCGUGCGUUUGUGUGGAGCAUUGACGAUGGUCGGCCUCUGUUUGAGAUGACAGGUCACAAAGACUCGGUCACUUGCACUACAUUCAGCCACGAUGGGAAGUUGGUUGCCACUGGUGAUAUGAGUGGAGUAGUGAAAGUAUGGAGAUUGUUAGAUGGGAAGGAAGUCUGGACAUUUGAAUGUGGAGAUCUUGAGUGGUUGUGUUGGCAUUUUCGUACUCAUGUCUUGUUUGCUGGUACGACUGCUGGUGAAUUGUGGAUGUGGAAAGUUCCAGAUGGUGACUGUAAAAUGUUUCAGAGUUAUGGUGUUGCAACGACUUGUGGAAAGAUAUUGCCGGAUGGUAAGCAAGUUGCUGCAGGAUAUGCUGAUGGUAGUGUCAAGGUUUGGAAUUUGAAGUCAGCUGCUGCUACUGUCCAUAUAUCAGGACGUGAUGGGCAUCAGGAUGGUGUAACUUGCAUUGACUGCAGUGAGGAUGGUUCGUUGUUGCUCACUGGAUCUUCAGAUGGAUUGGCGAAAUUGAUCAGCACGAGUGGCAAGGUGGUUGCUAACUUCACCAGGGAAGCAUCAUACGAUCCUACAAAUGAUAACCCAGAUGGCAUCGCAUCAUCAGACAAGCCAGUCAGUGUGGAAGCUGUUGCUUUUUGCCACAGUCUACGUCUGGCUGCCGUCGGUUAUCUGGACGGUCGCCUUACAAUUUGGGAUGUGGCAUCACAGCGUGUCAGACAGUGUUGCGAACAUAAGAGUGGCAUUGUGCGACUGCAGUGGCAUUCAUUGCAGCCACUUGUGUAUGCAUGCAGUCUAGAUGGAGUCGUUUGCUUGUGGGAUGGCAGAACGGGCCAGUUGCACACACAAUGGCGAGGGCACUCCGACCAAGUACUAGACAUGGCGGUUAGCAAAGACGGCGACGUCGUAGUGACUGGCUCGGAUGACUGCACCGCCCGCGUAUUCAAACAUCGACAGUCAUUUCUUGACUAGAAUGUUCAAAACUCGAUCUCAGCCGUCACUUAAUUUCUCGGAUCUACAGACACAGUUUUAGUGCA